AUGUCGCAAUGUAUGCACCAAUACGGCGCGUUUAAUCGCGUCCUUCGCCAACAUUGGCACCAAUGUUGGCCGAACGCCAAUAGGGCGCGUUCGCCAAUGUUGGGCAAAGGGCAAGGUGCACACGAAUUCCGCCGUCUCGACGCUGUCUGCCGUCCCGUGGCCUCGCCACAGCGUCCACCUGUCCAGCGCCGCCGGGCCCCACACUGGAAGCGCCCCCUCGCGGCAACGACGGACGAGUCGCAAGUUGCUCAAGCCCUGCUCAGCGGGGCCCGACCGGCGCAAUAU